CUCAGAAAUAGUCAACUGAAAACUCUCUUGGCUAUUGGUGGCUGGAACUUUGGCACUGCUCUUUUCACUGCCAUGGUUUCCACUCCUGAGAACCGCCAGACUUUCAUCACCUCAGUCAUCAAAUUCCUGCGCCAGUAUGAGUUUGACAGGCUGGACUUUGACUGGGAGUACCCUGGCUCUCGUGGGAGCCCUCCUCAGGACAAGCAUCUCUUCACUGUCCUGGUGCAGGAAAUGCAUGAAGCUUUUGAGCAGGAGGCCAAGCAGGUCAACAAACCCAGGCUGAUGGUCACUGCUGCAGUAGCUGCUGGCAUCUCCAACAUCCAGUCUGGCUAUGAGAUCCCCCAACUGUCGCAGUACCUGGACUACAUCCAUGUCAUGACCUACGACCUCUAUGGCCCCUGGGAGGGCUACGCUGGAGAGAACAGCCCCCUCUACAAAUACCCGACUGACACUGGCAGCAACGCCUACCUCAGUGUGGAUUAUGUCAUGAACUACUGGAAGGACAACGAGGCCCCAGCUGAGAAGCUCAUUGUUGGAUUCCCAGCCUACGGACACACCUUCCUUCUGAGCAACCCCUCCAACCAUGGAAUUGAUGCCCCUACCAGUGGUCCUGGCCCUGCUGGACCCUAUACCAGGCAGUCUGGGUUCUGGGCCUACUGUGAGAUCUGUACCUUCCUGAAGAAUGGAGCUACUGAAGUAUGGGAGGCUCUUGAGGAUGUUCCCUCUGCCUACAAAGGAAAUGAGUGGCUUGGAUAUGAUAACACCAAGAGUUUCCAAAUCAAGCUAGACCGUGCCGAUUGGCUAAAGAAGAACAACUUUGGAGGUGCCAUGGUCUGGGCCAUUGACCUGGAUGAUUUCACAGGCACUUUCUGCAACCAAGGAAAAUUCCCUCUGAUCACUACCCUGAAGGAUGCUCUGGGCCUGCAGAGUACAAGUUGCAAAGCUCUAGUCCAACCCAUUGCUCCCAUUGCCGAGGCACCCAUCACACGCGGUGUCAGCCACAGUGGUAGCUCUGGGGGCCGCUCUGGCAGGAGCUCUGGGGGCAGCCCCAGUGGUAGUGGAUUCUGUGCCAACAGGGCCAGUGGCCUGUACCCUGACUCCACUGACAAGAAUGCCUUCUACAAAUGUGUGAAUGGAAAGACUUUCACUCAGCACUGCCAGGCUGGCCUUUUCUUCGAUGCCUCCUGCUCCUGCUGCAGCUAG